ACCUGUUAUUAGAGAACACUCAAUUACUCUUAAUUAUUUCAAGAAACUGAAGCUAAUUUCUUCUUUUCAAGUAGAAAAUUAGUGCUAAAAUUAGUGUUAUGGCUUUGAUUUCCAAAUUCUUUCAUGGCUUCAUCAUUGCUGCCUGUUUUAUACAAUUUGGGUACUGUCAUGUCAGCUAUGAAAGAUCAGUCCGAAGAGCUCUCUUUGUAUUUGGUGAUUCCCUCUUUGAUCCUGGAAAUAAUAAUUAUAUUAAUACCACUACUCAAUUCCAAGCCAAUUGGUGGCCUUAUGGUGAAUCAUUCUUCAAACCUCCUACUGGCAGAUUUUGUGAUGGUCGUAUCAUUCCUGAUUUCAUUGCCGAAUAUGCAGAGUUGCCACUCAUUCCAUCGUAUUUUGAGAUUGGCAAGGAUGGAUUUAUCCAUGGAGUGAAUUUCGCAUCAGGAGGAGCUGGCUGCUUAGAAGAAACUUUUCGUGGCUUUGGAUUUGAACGCGAUGUAGGAGGUGGAGGACAUGUGUGGCCGUUACUGAAUUCAGGAGAAAAGGGAGACGGAGAGACUGGCAAAGAAGAGAACAUGAACAAAAAAGAGAUAGAAGAAAGGGUUAUAGACCUUAAAACACAAUUGAAAUACUUCAAAAAAGUGGCUAAAGAUUUGAAGAAGAAGUUUGGAGCAAAAAAGUCCAAACAACUCCUCUCCAAUGCUGUAUACAUAUUUAGCGCUGGAAAUAAUGAUUACUUUGAAUUUCCCACGGCAUAUUCUAAGGAAGAAUAUGUAAAGAUGGUAGUGGGCAAUUUGACAUCUGUUCUGAAGGGAAUAUACAAGAAAGGAGGGAGAAAAUUUGCCAUUCUUAGUUUGGCUCCUUUGGGUUGUACACCAGGUUCUAGGGCUCUUAAUUUCCAACAAGGAAAUAAAAGUGGUAAUUGCCUAGAAGAAUUGACAAACCUUGCAAAAAUACACAAUUCAGCUUUGCCUAAAAUGCUAAAGCAAUUAGAGGAGAAAUUACCUGGAUUUAAGUAUUCCUUGUUUGAUUUCUUCAAAGUUGCUAUUGAAAGGAUUGACAACCCUUCAAAAUAUGGUUUUAAAACAUCUAAAAGUGCUUGUUGUGGGACGGGUCCAUUCAGAGGAAUUUAUAGUUGUGGAGGGAAGAGACAAGUAAAAGAGUACAAGUUGUGCAAAAAUGUGAAGGAUUAUAUAUUUUUUGACUCUGGUCAUCUUACAGAAGUGGCAUACAAACAAGUUGCUGAAUUACUAUGGAAUGGAACUAAGGAUGUUGUUAACCCUUACAACUUAAAGUCAUUUUUCGACCUACCAGCAUAGCCUAUAAUUGGUGGCAUUAUUAUUGAAUAAACUACUCCAAAUCUCAUGAGUCCUUCACACUUGAGAAAACUUGUCAUUUUGAUGUAUUUCGAAUUGGAGAUUAAUUGUUUGGAUGCUAAUAGUUAAUAAAUUCCCUUUGAUUAGAUGAGUU